ACCUUGUUGGCUCUUCAUAUUCCUCGUUUUCGUUGUUUGCUUUUACUUCAAGAAGAAAAUAGAAAAUAAAAACAAAACAGAAAUAAUAACAGCGGCAAAAGGUUUGUCAUAGCGACCCAGAAAGUGAAAAGUUGGACAGAAAGAAUAUGGCAACAAAAACCCAUUUGGGGUUGCUAGCAUGGAUAUGUUGCGGAUAUAUCGCUUUCAUGACUACGUCAGCUCAAGAUCUCAGAGGGCGAUUUUGUCCCACGAAAGCCAAUGUUAUGGUUAAUGUAACGGAGAAAUGCGGCAAAUUUAUAGACUUGGUAAGAAAAGGAUAUAAUUUGGAUAAAAAGGCAUCCAAUCUUUCGGCUAUAAGCGAAAGCGAUUUGAUGUACAGAAUCCAGAAAUGGUCACAAGACAUUCAAACCAGUCCAGAUUGUCUUUUUUCCAGACGAACUGUUGGCGAAUCAAAUGGCUGCUGCAGUGGCUGGUCCGGAGUCAAGUGUCUUAUACCCGUCUGCAACCCUGCAUGUAAGAACGGCGGCUCUUGCGUCAGACCAGAUGUAUGUAGUUGCCUUAAGGGCUAUAGUGGAUACAGAUGCGGUGAAAUCCUCAAAUCUGUGACCGCUGAAAUGAAAUACUGCUACAAAGGGAAAAAGUGCUACGGUGAAAACCCGAGAAACAUGGAAAAUCGUUUGAUGCAAGCAAAAGACUGUUGUUUCGGAAAUGGGACCCGUGGUAACAGUUGGGGUUCGUCACGUUCGUGCGACGUGUGUCCUCAAUCAGAAAAUGUCACCCUUGAUCAAAGUGCUCUGAAUAAAGUAACAAAGAAAAUUAUGAAUGUGGGUUUCGCCACUUGUCGCGUCUAUGGUAUAUACAGCUAUAGAACAUUUGACGGAAGUAACUAUGAUUUUGGUGGAACAUGCAGAUACACUUUAGCUAGUGAAGGAAAAAACUGGUACGUCGAGAUCGAAUCUUACAACUGUUCCAGCUUCACAACAUGCAGAAAGGCGUGA